GUUUUCUACUACUCAUAUCAAUCUUCACAAAAUCAUAACGUAUUUAAAUGUAAGCCAAAUGUAAAUGUAAGCAAAGACAGUUUUGCAAGCAAAGUUCCGAACUACGCCUCCGCACCCUGCUGAGGUACUGUACUCACUUUUAGAAACUCACCUGGACACACCCAAAUUUCGCUAAUCAAUGGACUGAACCUCGACUGAGGCUCUGAGCCUUUUGCAGUAAACAUAGAGAAAGAAAUAUCGAGGAAGAAACAGGCAACGCGUAGGCAGAGUUAAAGAAUGAUUUAUCUGUUCUUUCCUGGCAUUUUGUGACAUCUUUGCUUCCAUUAUGAUUUCUGUAGGAUACGUCCCAGACUUACACCUUAUUUUCUGUAAGACUAACGGGUCAUGUGCAUGUGGAGUUCUCUACCCUCUAAUAUAAUGAAUGAAGCAGUCGAAACAUUUUUUAUUGAUAACAUUUAACUUUAAAAAAAAAGGGUUUAAUGUGUGUAUCCUACGUGAUCGUAUAGCGCUAGCGUGAUUAUAUUUCGCGUGGUAGUACGCAGACUUUCUUUGCAAGAAACAAUGCCAAUCAUGAUUUUCAUUGAACUGAAAUGAUUAGAUUGACAAAGCCUUGAAUACUUCCUCUUUUCCUCUCAUACUUAUAUUCCUCUUUCAAUCUCGAACUUGUCUAAUCAGAACAAUUUGAGAGGCGACAAAAAAUUGCGAAAGUUUUAAGACUUACAAAAUGAGUCGCUCGUCCGCCAUGUUGAUAUGAUGGGGGUGAUAGCUGACCGAAAAGGUACCUGCCUGCAGGCUUACAUCGAGAUUUAGCCAAUAGGAUUUGAGUAACUUGCUUCGAGAACCAAUCAGAUUGUUGCGCGGGAAACAUCAACCAAUCACCAGUGUAACAAAGUAGCGGGAACGGGCCGCGGAAACCCGCGCGUUAUGUUUGUUGAGGUGAAAGAAAAUAUAUGAACUUGAACUUCCACGUCUUUUCUAUGACGAGGGGUCAGCCGAGAAUUGUGAAUUCUUUCUCUCUCCCUCAUGGAAGCUUUCCGAAAGCUUGAGAAGAUUGGAGAAGGAACAUACGGCGUUGUCUAUAAAGCAAAAGACAUCGAAACAGGACAAACAGUCGCUUUGAAAAAGAUCCGCUUAGAUUCGGAAUCUGAUGGAGUUCCAAGCACAGCCAUAAGGGAGAUUUCGCUACUCAAAGAACUGAGUCACCCAAAUGUGGUUAGAUUGUUAGAUGUGGUUCCCAGUGAAAAGAAGCUCUUCAUGGUGUUUGAGUUCCUUGAUAGAGACCUUAAAAAGUACAUGGACUCAGUACCUGCUGGUGGAAUGUCACUACCUUUAGUCAAGAGCUACCUCUAUCAGUUGUUAAGUGGCAUAGCAUUCUGUCACUCACAUCGAAUCCUGCACAGAGAUCUAAAGCCACAGAAUCUACUUAUAGAUGCUCAUGGAUCCAUUAAGCUGGCAGACUUUGGUCUAGCUAGAGCUUUUGGAGUACCAGUUAGAUCUUAUACACAUGAAGUAGUAACCCUGUGGUAUAGGGCACCUGAGAUUCUCUUGGGUUGCCGUUAUUACUCCACCCCAGUAGAUGUGUGGAGUAUUGGAUGUAUAUUUGCUGAAAUGAUAACCAGAAGAGCUCUUUUCCCUGGAGACUCAGAAAUUGAUCAGCUGUAUCGCAUAUUUAGAACAUUAGGAACUCCAGAUGAGAGGUUAUGGCCUGGAGUAUCUGAGCUCCCUGAUUAUAAAACCUCUUUCCCCAAAUGGCCUGUACAAAAUCUUCUCCAAGUUAUUCCUGCUUUAGGUCAAAUGGGUGCUGAUUUAUUACAGCAAAUGCUUAAAUAUGAACCAACCAGUCGCAUUUCAGCAAGGAAUGCCUUGAGUCAUCAAUUCUUUACUGAUGUCAGAAGAAGUGCACCAAAAUCUUGAACCACUUAUCAAGGGACUACAUUCUUCCCAAUUCCAUUACAAGAGGAUACCAGAAUAACUAUUUAAAAAGUGUUUUUAAACAUAACACCUAAUUCAGGGCCCAAAACUUGUGAACUCACACAAAAAUCAUCUCUUCUCUCUUUAUGAAAUUGUCGCAAGAACAUCAUUUUAAAAACUGCUGGCAGUAGAGAUGCAGUUUCCAUACUUCCUUUCCAAAUUAAAAUUGAAUUUUUGGCUCAAAGUCAGCUUUUUUUUUUAGAGCCACCUUGAAUCACUGGUGCUUUCAAAUUUACUAUUUUGUGAAAUUUGUGGUCAGUAGCUUUAAACUACGCAUUGUAAAUACUUGUAUUUGUGUGCCAGUUGUACUGUAGAUGCAUUUAUACCUUAAAUAAGGGAUAGUUCCUUUGUAUUACUUAAUUUAAAGUAUUGAUGAAAAGCACCAGAGAGGAGUGCAAAUAAUUUGAAAGAAAAUUGUAUGACAACAGAAAUAAUACAUUAUAAAAUUCAAAAAUAAAUAUUUUAAAAAUAUAUACUGUUGUUUAGUUUUCACAGACCAGACAAACUUGUGGUCUUUGAAUUAUUUGCUUCUAAGUGCUUGCUGAUGUUUGUUCCAAAUGACACUAAAAAUCAUAUUACCCAAACAAACUGACUGAUCCAGUACAUCAGUAUCACUCCACU